AUGGCAGCAAGUGAAGACAUCAGUGAAGACUGCUCAAUGGAAAUCCAUGACUAUUUAUUGAAAUUCGAGAAUUCCAUUAGUGCCAAUUUGGAGAAGCUGAUGUCUGUUUCUUGAAAUGAGUUGCUGUAGAAGUUGGCCCCCCUUGAAAAAGCAACAGUGGGUUUACUUUCUGUCUACACAUUAAACUCAAGGGCUUAUUUGACAACUAAGGGAGUGAAGCCCAACAAAUAUGCAGUAAAGCAGAAGUUGGAACAAAUUAAAGAGUACAUGAACAGAGUCAAGGAAAUAAAAUACAAGACGAAGGCCAGCAAGCUGGGCAAAAGCAUUGCCGUGAGAUUUGUCAAAAACACCCUCUGGGAACCCAAACCUAAAAAUACCUCAAAAGUUGCCAGUGAAGGAAAAAGUGAAAACAAACAUUUCAGGUUUGAUGUAUGCAUAUUCAAAAAGUACAUAGUUUAA